AUGUCUCAAAAAAAAAUUAAUUUUAAAUCGAAAUCUACACCUUUAAAAAGAUCUGUCUCGACAACGAGCCUCGGACUACUUUUUAAUCAACAUUUAAAUUUACGUGAUACCAAAUCAUAUACAGGGGGAAUGGAUGAUAACAAAAGUACCAGCUCCGAAGAUAACGAGGUAACAAAUGAUAAAAAAACCGAAUUGACACCGAAACAGAAUCAGUAUUUGUUAAACGCGGAAGUCGAAACAAAAGAUAAAAGUACGAACGAAACGGUCAAGGUCAAAACUGAAAUUUUAUGUCAAGGAGGAAGAACCUAUUCGUUGAACGAUUUAGCUUACGUGUGGAAAAAAGAUUGUAGGAUUUGGUUAUGGAAAAACUGCGCCGAACUGAAAUUGAACAAAUCUAUAGGAGAUAGAAUGAAAUCGGGUUUAAAUACAUUGGAUUUCUUUAAAUACUGA